GAGAUCCGUCAAACUCCAGCAGGUCCAUUUACACAUACCCAUUAUGAAUGCAACCAACGGGCUUUAUAUUGAGCAGCAUCCUUGUGACACCUACCUUGUCGGCUUCUGCCAGAGGCGCGAGGGUGGGUGGAACAAGAGCAAGCUUCGACUGGACUCUUGCCUUGGCGAUAAUGGCGGCCGCUUCGAGUGGGGAGGAACUGAGUUUACCGAGCAGGCAACGAACAUCAAAUUCAAUCCCGAAGAAGGUGCUGGCCGUAAUCCUAUUCUGCGAGCUGAUCUUCGCGACUCGGCUGGCAACUACCUCCGUAACAGGGAUGUGAACCUGGCGGAGAGGAUCAACAACUAUGAUGGGGAUCUCCAGUUCCAUUAAAAAGCUUCCCCAACUAAUUAGUAGUCCGGUACUGUCGUUCAUGAAUCGGAAAUUCCAUGCCUUGUUGUUUUCUUUUUUCUGCUUGUAAUCGUUCUUUAGGCUCAAUCAAAUAUGUUCGGU